UUAAUGGGAAAUCAGUAUUUCUUUAGGAGGGGAGACUAUUCUGAUUACAUGUCUAUGUUUGGAAUGAGCAACUGCAUCAGGUCCUGCCGUAUGAUCCCUAUGCACAGGGGAUCCUACAGAAUGAGGAUCUACGAGAGGGAGAACUUCAUGGGUCAGAUGCAUGAGAUGAUGGAUGACUGUGACAACAUCAUGGACCGUUACCGCAUGUCUCACUGCCAGUCCUGCAAUGUGAUGGACGGCCACUGGCUCAUGUAUGAGCAGCCCCAAUACAGAGGCAGAAUGUGGCACUUCAGGCCUGGAGAGUACAGGAGCUUCAGCAAUAUGGGUGGCAUGAGAUUCAUGAGCAUGAGGCGCAUCAUGGACUCCUGGUACUAGUGUUCUAAAGGGUCAAUAAAAUAAUUUCUCUUCAGCACUA